GGAAGUCACUGUCACUGCAUUGCAGUCUUGGUGUCUUGGCAGCCCAUAGCAGUAUUCCUCCCAUUAACCUGUACUCACCAGCUCAUGGGGUAAGAUCAACAUGACAUAAAUCUACUGGUAUAGCAUCACUCUACCUUUAACCAUUUAUAUAUCACUGGCAUUCACUGUAUUCCUCUUAUAUUUAAUCUUCAUAUGUUAAUUUGUGCAACUGAAACCAGUGAAUACAUGAUAUUAUUCUCAGCAAACAAGACUGGACAUCAGUGUGUUAAGGUGGAUUACAGAUAUUUUUUUUUUUUUACGAUAUUUUUACGAUAAAUAAUAAUAAUGUUUCCGGGGUAUAGAUUGCACAUGGUCAUAGUGUGAGAUUUUCUCAAGAUCCCAUAAAGAAAAACGUAUAAAUAUCACAAACCAUUGUGUAAGCUUUUCACAAGAUCCCAGUAUAAGGACAAUAAACUGUCACAAGUGAUAAUGUGAGCUUUUAGCAAGAUCCCCAAAAGAGACUUUAAACUGUCACAAGUUAUAAUGUAAGCUUUUCAGAUGAUCAAACAGGAGAACUUAGACUGUCACAAGCCAGGGUGUUAACUUUUCACAAGAUUAGACAGAGGAAUAUGAAUACUGUCACAAGCAUUUCUUCAUUUCCGAUUAAAUUAUCUUCCAAAUGCUUCCAGCUAUAGUGUGAUUCGCCCCUCCUCCUCCCCCCAAGAUCCCAUAAGAGACUUCAGACUGUCACAAGCAAUGAUAAUGUGAGAAUUUCACAAGAUUACACAGAAAAGAAUUCAUACUGACACAAGUCAAAGCGUGAGCUUUUAACUCCCAUAAAGAAAAACAUCCAUUUAUCAUAAUCAAAAAGUAUGAGCUUUUAACAAAAUUUCAUAGAAGAGGUUUAAGUCGCAAGCCUUAGUGUAUAAAAGGGGGAGGGGGCAGCGCCUUGGUAAAGUCAUCAGAUCCAUGCUGAUAUAAAAUGUUAGAAAGUGGACAAAAAAAAACCAAUAUAUAUAUAUAUAUAUUGCAGCAAAUUAGUAUAUUGAUUGUAGGAAAAAAUGGAAUUGCACUUACAAUGAUACUCCUUGGCGGUUUAGUCCCCGCCUGUGGAUAUGAACUUGGUCCAUAAGGGGUAGUCCAGGUAUAUAGAAAUAAAGCAAAUAGUCACCCUAGUAUGUCAGGUAUCUUAGCUUUGCGUUAAUAUAUACAAAGUGCCCACUCUCAUUUAUUGGAGCCUUCUGAUGGCUCCUAGUGCAAAGCGUAGAGUGGAAAGAUCCCCACUCUUGAAUAUAUUUAGGUUAAAAUCCACACCGUGGUGUAUAUUAAAAAAAUAAAAAUUAAAUAUAGUGCUCUCUGUGUGAUGAAAUAAAAUAAAAGGAGAUGUGCUCACUGGCUUAAAUCAAAAAGUGUUUUUGGUCAAUCUAAAAGGCAUAGGUGGAAUAUUGCCCACCAAAGGAAAAUGAUGUCCAAAUGUCAGUAUGAUAACAGGAAGUUCCAAGGGUAGUAAAAAUACACUUAUAUAUACUUUAUUGAGAAAUUGUUAUACAAACAAUAAAAAUAGAAUGAAGUAACAGACUAACAUGUUACAGAUGCGUAACAGACUAACGCAUUCCACAAGAUAGCCAGCAAAGGCUAACAGAAAUGUUUUCAAAGUUUUUGUGUUAUCCCUUGCUGGCUAUCUUGUGGAAUUUGUUCUACUGUAGGCAUCGUGGUUCUCAAGGAUGAGAUUUAGAGGGUGGAAAGCACAUACCAAUACAUUUCGUGAGUUUGGAGAUAUAUAUUUUUUAUUUUAAGCAUUCUUUAUUUAUGUACAGGCAUGCAAGCACAAAAGCUAUGUUCAGGAGCGGUGGGACCUGACUGCCAUGCUGAUCAGUCAGAGUUCUGCAAGAAACAACUGAAAAUAUUGCUUUUGGAAGCUUUAUCACUUGCAGUAACAUAAUAUUUCUGUCUAUAAGUCACCUGGCAGUCUUGAUGGCAUCUGAUUAUGCUUUUCUGAGGCAGCUCGACUGAUGCUUGGAUGAUUUUGAGAGAAGCAGACCUGCGGCCUACAAGUGGCUGAUUCCUUUACCGGUUAUCUGCAGCCUGUGUCUACUAACAGGGUCUGGUUCUUCACCAUCUCCCCCUCUCCCUGGUUAUCCCAGAAGCAAUCAGAUUAUUAUGGCUAUGAACACAGCUCAAAACAAGACAAGUGUGCCCUGUCUUGCCCAAACUGGCAGACGCUGUAUUAUUACUCGACACCAAGGGCCAGCAGUCUUCUACUCUGGCCAAACUAGACCAGUUGUUUGCACAUUAUCGGGCCAAGCCAAACCUCCGACUACAGUUCUUUCAACUAGGAAUGAUGCCCUCGUCUCUGAGUGUCUCUCUCCCCCAGGCAGGGCAUAUCUAUGAGAGGGCACUUACUCAUACCUCCUCAUGAUGCUGUAGGCCCCGUAUCCAAGGUCUUGCAUGCAAGUGAAUGAUGGAGAUCUCUCUCACAGCUACCUAUGUUCCAGAAGUCUGGAGUUCACGAUCUGCUGCUGUGGAUACUGCAACCCGCCAGGCUCUUUGUCUGGACUCCCGCUUGCAUAUAGGCUUCUGACUGCCUGGCUGUAUGUAGUAAUAUGGACUUUUGCUCAGCUUUUUUUUUUCUAAUUUCCUACAUUUGACACGCAUCAAUUAGGAAUCUUCAACCAGUGCAUGUGUUAUCCUUUAUUAUCUUUUCAUUAAUCCUCUAGCAAUGUGUUCUCUUUGUCUUUAUUUUAUUAUAUUCUUUUAAAAAUGGGCAAUCAUUUGUAACUUACUAAGACGGAUAUUGUUAUUCUUACAUGUUGGAUCUUUUACCUCUAUAUUUGUUAUCGACUAAUAUUUCGACCUUAUCUGUAGAUUUUCAUUGCACGUCCAAAAAAAACCAACAUUUUGGUCAGUACAAUUUUCUAAAAAGUCAUGCAGAUUUGCAGUUUUUACAGUUUUGAAUUAAGAGAAUUGAUGAUUCUAUAGAAAUUACUUGUUUUGUCAGUGUAUUUAUAAAAUGCUAACAUAGGCCCUGAUUUAAUAAGCAUUUUUGCAUAAACUUAAAAUUAUAUAUUUUGAAAAAUAAAAAUUUUUAUACAUUGAUUUUUUUUGUAUAUAUGAUAUUCUAUUAUAUUUUAAUAGUUUGGGGGGGAGGGGAAAUUAAAAGUUUAUCCAAAAAUAUUCAAAAAUUUGAAAAGUUUAUCCAAAAUAUUAAAUCGAGGCCAUAAUCAGGAUUAAACAUACAGCUGUAGUUCUAACUAUUUGUCUUUGUGAAAUUGUGCCACUUACUUUGAUUGUACUGGCAUAGCUAUCAUAUUCGUGCUGCUAAUUUCUCUAUGGAAAUUCCAUACAGGAGGAAGCCUUUGGAAUGUGACGUAUACAUGACAAGUUCAUGGCAACACACAAGGUGAGGCAGGUUGAGUGAGGUUCAUUAUUAUUAAGACUGUCACAUAAAGUACACAGUGACAUGAAAAUGACUGUAAUUACUUUGUAAUGAUAGCACAAUAUGAGUGAACUAGAUGUAAUGAAUAGUAUUAGAGCGCUCUCUACUGGGUUGAAGGAGAAAUAAUCUAAGGGACAAUUGUUUUACUAUUGAUAUUGAGAUCUGAGAUGAUGCAAAGUUUAAGGGACAUUCCAGGCACCAAAAAAACUUCAUCUAAGUUGUUAUGGUGCCACAAGGCCCCUAGAGCAACUCUUACCUUGAGAAUGGUUAAACCCCAACGUUGCCUCCAGAGGCGAUUUCCACUCCUCCACCGGCGGCAUCUGGCUUCAACAUUUUCAGAUUCAGGAGGCGCGGAUUGCCGCUGGGCAGGGACGCUGGUGAUUGGCUGAGAGCAGCCAGCUGAAGGUCUUGGCCAAUCAGUGACUCCCUAUUCACUAAACUGACUUCUAAAGAAACAUGCUUUUCUCAAGCUCAGCCAAUCAGCGUUCAAUAAAUUGAACUUUAAUCACUCACAGGGUACUCCUGCAGGGUCUAGCAGGCUAUUAACAGAGCAGGAGAUAAUAAAUUCUAUAUUAAACAGACUGUGCAAUAAACAAAGUUUAAACAGUAGAUCUCACUUUACAGGAAGUGUUUAGGAAGGCUGUGUAAGUCACAUGCAGGAAGGUGUGACUAGGGCAUAAACAAAGUUAUUAAACUCCUAAAUGGCAGAUAAUUGAACAGUUAGACUGCAGGGUCAUGAUCUAUACAUCAAAACUGCUCCAUUAAGCUAAAGUUGUUUUGGUGACUAUAGUGUCCCUUUAAGUAGAAAAACAUAGAUUUCUCAUGGAUGCCAACAUUUUAAUAGAGAUGUAAAUGAUAAACAAUAUAAGAUUGAGACAGCCACUGUGGGAGAAUUGUAAGAGCAGUUAUCUUUUCUUUGGUUUGUACUUAAGUGUAUUUUUGCUUUGUCUGUUUUAGAGGGCAGAGACCUUGAUGGAUUCGGUGUGUGAAGAUAUGGAAGAAAAGCUUGAACCAUAUUUUAGUUUCGGAAUCAUUGCUGAUAUUCAGUAUGCCGACAUAGACAAUGGUUACAACUUUAUGAAGACCAGGAUGAGAUAUUACAGAAACAGCCUGACUCUCCUAAAAGAAGCCAUUCAUGAGUGGGAUAUGGAAAGCACCAAACCUAAAUUCAUCCUCCAACUUGGUGAUAUCAUUGAUGGCUUCAACGUUCCCCAGAAAACGUCCGACACAUCGCUUGCUAGAAUACUGGCAGAAAUGGAAAAACUGAAGAUCCCUUUCCAUCACAUUUGGGGGAACCACGAAUUCUACAAUUUCAAGAGAAAAUAUUUAAUGGAAUCUAAACUGAACUCUAAACCAUUAGAAGAUGAAAUUGGUCAAUUGACCAUAAAUGAAGAUACCAGCGAGACCAGAAGUGACCAGGAAUCUUUCUAUGGCUAUCAUUUUAGUCCUUAUCCCGGAUUUCGAUUCCUCUUAAUUGAUUGUUAUGACCUCAGCGUCAUCGGUAGAGAUACAAUGAGUAUCAAAUAUGGGAUGUCGUUAAAACUCCUCAAGGAAAAGAAUCCCAAUGAGGAUAUGAACAGCCCUAGAGGUAUGGGAUAGUUUUUUAAAAGAAAUGGGCAAUAGGUUGGAGUAUGUGAUUUCAAUAUAGAUGUUAUUAAGUGGGAAACACGUGCCAUGGUGUAAAGUAAGAUGAUAAUGCGAUGUUGCGUCUUUGUUACCAGGUUUUAACUGCUCUUUCAGAUAUUAAAUGUCUCUGAAUGUAACACAUCUAAAAGGGGAACCAUAACACAUACCAGUUUUUCUAAUAUUAUGUUUACUUGUCCCCUAUAUUUAGCAAAUAUGUGUUUGUGAAGUCUGAAAAAUAAAAUGAAAUGUAACAAUUUACACUUCAGAAUAUACUUAAAUCCUGUAACUGGUGCCUCCAUCUUGGCUACCUUUCAAUCCUCACUUUCUUGCCUGUAAUUAUAGUUAAAGGAACACUAUAUGGUCAGGAAGACAAACCUUUAUACCUGAUCCUAUAGUGUUAAAACAACCAUCUAGCCCCUCAUGCCUCUCUUCUUGCCCCUUAAAUAUAGUAAGAUCUUAAUUUUGUUCAGUUCUGCAGCUGUUGGCUCUGCCCCUGAUCUGUCUGCUUGGCUGACAUCAUCAAAAGUGUUGUUCUGAGCCAAUCACAAUGCUUUCCCAUAGGAUUGGCUGAGACUGUCAAGGAGGCAGAUCAGGGGCAGAGCCAAACACAGCCUUGACCAAUCUGCAUCCCCUCAUAGAGAUGCAUUUGUCACGGCCCCCGGCUUGCGGCUGCACAUGUUCGCACCCGAUCGGUGCGACCACACUGACAGGUUUAAGAGCUUACCUGUUCAGCAGCAAGCCGGGAGCCGACCCGCUGGGGCGUUCGUCCCCAUUUGUAGCUCCGCCUCCAAAGGUCACACAAACGUGUGUGUGAGACGUCACGACGCACAUGCACGUUCUGGGGUCAGAGGCCAAGCCCUGACCAAUCACAGCCCAAGGAGGGAUAUUUAAACCCCUGAAUUUCCCUAGUUCAUUGCCCUGUCAUGGUUUCUUUUCCUGGUUCCCGAGAGUGCGUUUUCUUGUCCUUGUUAUUGAUAUUCCCGGUAUUCUGACUUUGGCUAUUCCUGACUAUUCUGAUCCAUGGUUUCCCUGACUUGGCUUUCUUAUCGAUCUUGUGUAUUUCUGGCUUCCUUGACCUCGGCUUUCCCUUGACCAUGCUCUGUCUUUCAACGUAUUAAUCUGGCCAUUCUAAGGACCGGUUUACUUUCUGUCUAUUUUUCUAUUCUAUUCAGAUGUUAUAUAGUUUUGCGUGUUGGAUCACAGUCGUUGUGACAGCACUGAAUCAAUACAUCUCUAUGAGGAAAGUUUAGUGUCUCCAUGCAGAGAGUGGAGACACUGAAUGCCAGUGCUGCACAGUGCAGCACUGCCCCAAGAAGCACGUCUAGUAACCAUCUGAGCAUAGAAACAUAGAAACAUAGAAUGUGACGGCAGAUAAGAACCAUUCGGCCCAUCUAGAGCAGUGGCCAGUGGGGGUGUUCCUAGGCAGUAAUGUAAACACUGCAUUUUCUCUGAAAAAAGCCUGAAGGGAAUGAUUCUAUUCACCAGAACAAAUACAAUAAGCGGUGGAAUGGAAGAGUUUAAUCAGAAUAUUUUUGCUUUCCUCCUCAUUUACAUCAUCUGCCUUGACUGUGCCUGGAUUGAACUGCAUUGUGAUGUAACUUGCUAAAUAUAUUAAUAUACAUUUAAAAUAAAACAGAGAUUCAUGAGAAAAAAAAAGUUGGCCUAUGGACAUGAGUUUAGAAGGAAAUUUCUUUCAUGGUUAUUCAUUAAACUUCACGCUUUGCUGACAUACGGGAGUGUCCACUUGGGUAUUUAUUUAUGUCAAAACACAAUGUAGCCCCGGUGCUACUUUUUCUAUUGUUUUGUUUUUUUACAUGAAACCAUACAUUUACCAUGCUUCUUAUUGUAAAGGGGAGUUUUAUAUUUCAUAUUUAGUGUGGAUUUAUUUUGUUUUUAUGUUUUUCUCUGUUAUAGGACUAGAAGAAGAGCAGUUUGUACAAUUUAAUGGCGGCGUCAGUGGGGCUCAGUUAAACUGGAUCAAUAGCGUGCUUGCAUCUUCAGAUGAACAAGACGAGAAAGUGGUGGUCAUCGGUAUGUAGGGGUUUAAGUUUAGAAUAUCUCAAUGGACAAGUAUUUUAUAGAUUGCUCCUUUCUUAUUAUAUUGAUGCAAAUGGCUGACAUUUUCUGAAAAUAGAUUUUGUUUACUGCCACACCUAAACCCGUUUUGUUUUGCUCUUUAAAGGGACACUUUAGUUACCAGAAUUACUACAGCUUAUUGUAUUUGUUCUGGUGAGUAGAAUCAUUCACUUCAGGCUCUUUGCAGUAAACACUGUCUGUUCAGAGAAAAUGUUUACAUUACAGCCCAUGGAUAUCUCCACUGGCCACUCCUUAGAUGGCUUCCUAGGGCAGUGCUGCAACCUGUGCAGUACUGCCAUUCAGUGUAUCCACUCUCUGCAUGCAGACACUGAGCUUUCCUUAAAGAGAUGCAUUGAGUCAAUGUAUUUCUACGAGGAGAUGCUGAUUGGCCAGGGCUGUGUUUGAUUUGUGCUGGCUCUGCCCCUGAUCUGCCUCCUUUACAGUCUUAGCCAAUCCUAUGUGAAAGCAUUGUGAUUGGCUCAGACCACCAGAUCUGAUGAUGUCAUCAGAUAGCAGGCAGUUCAAAGGCAGCAGCUGCAGACUUUAAUACAAGUAAGAUUUUACUAUAUUCAGGGAUGCAAAAGGGACCAGGGGGGGCUAGAUGGUGGCCCUUUAAUAUGAAAUGAACUUUGCAAUCUACUGAUACAAUAGAUAGGAGCUCCAGUCUACAACAAAACAUGUCUACAUUGUAGUUUGCUGGCUGUGCCUUACUUGUGUUAGACUGUAGUGUAGAUAGAAACUUUAGCCUCUCUAAAUAUACCCAUUCUGUGUGCUUCUUGUUCAAUGUCAAUAGAAGCUAAUUACUACAUUAUAGUCGCUUUUUCUGCUUGUCACAUGACUGAUUGGAGCUGUGAAUUGAAACAAACCUAUGUAAUAUUUUUGACACUUCUGUUUACGUAUUUUAUAAUACCAUGCCUUUAUUUAACUCUUAUGAUUUUUAUGACUUUUUUUCCCCCCCCGUACAGGUCACCUCCCCAUCCAUUUAGACUCCACAGAUGCUAUUUGUUUGGCCUGGAAUUACAAGGAGAUUUUGUCAGCGUUACAGUCCCACCCCUGCGUAAUUGGAUAUUUUGCAGGACACGACCACGACGGAGGGUACUCUGUGGAUGCUAGCGGAAUACACCAUAUAACUUUAAAAGGGGUUAUAGAAACACCUCCUGAGAAUCAGGCCUUUGGGACGAUGUAUAUGUACGAAGAUAAAAUGGUUUUAAAAGGACGAGGUCUGGUUUUAAGCAGAACUUUACAUUAUAGAAAUGGCAGAAAGGAGGAACCUGUGCAUUAAUUUUAUUUGUAGUUAAUUGAGUGAAUUCUUGACAAUCCAUUUAUAGAAACAGAAAAUUACAGAAACUUGUAGGUUUAUACAGGUACUAACAGACAUGAGGCAGGGCUGCUUUCUGGAACUAUCGUAUUAUAACUCUAACACGUUAAACAGCAAAGGUUAUACAUACACACAAACCUGAACAGAAAGACGCUAUUGCUGUAGAAGCCAUAACAAGAGACGCAAGUCAUCACAUGUUCUGGCUCAAAGAGCUCUCUCCAAGAAUGUCUUGAGUGUAAUUAAAAUAAUUUAAACGUCUGUUAUUCAUAGAGCUGACUCCGUCCCCUUACUCCCAGAAUCCUUUGAGGGUGGGGGGUGAGCCAAGAGCCAAAAAUUGCAGCGAAUUAACUAUGCGUGUAUCUGGAUUAUUUUGUUUUAUUAAACACAAUCUCAAGAAUUUUAUU